UUGACUAACUUUUAUUAAAAAAUAAAAAAUAAAAGAAGAGUAAACGUUAGAUCUGCUCCAACGGUCAAAAAAACAAUUAAGUCUAUUUUUUUAUAAAAAAAAAAAAAAUCACAACGGCUCCUUGUUCUUCUUCUUCCUUCUCUUCUUUCUCUAAGUUCAGAUCCUUCCUUACAAAAAACCUCAAAUUCUUCCAUUUCUCUUAUAUCUUCUCUCUAAAUGGAACCUGCAAAAAUAGACUGGCCAAAUUUGAAGUCAGUUUUCGUCAUUGAUGAUCUCUAUGAACACAUCAAUGCUCCUCAAUGGAUCGAUCUUUCUUCUCCAAUUGAUCCCGUCGAUGAUGAAUCCUGGUUCUGCACAAUGGAAUGCAAUCAUCCGAAAACAGCUGAAGAUUUCCUCAAGGAAACUCCCAAUUCAAAGCUUAAAAGGUCGAUUCUUCCACUGGGUAAUUUGAAGAGAAGAGGGUUCAGUCAAUCGUUAAAUUCACCAUCUAAAAGUGAAAGGUUCAUUGAAGAUGGUGAAAACCAAAACCCUAAUUUUUCUACUCCAAGCAAACAGUAUAAUUCCAUGAAAGCAAAGAUCUUGUUGAGUAAUUCAGAUAAGAAGAAGAAGAAACAGAUACCCAUUGAAGAAAAAGAAGAAGAAAAUGUUGUUCAUAAGCUUAAGAGUACACUGUCUGCACGUAAUUUGUUUACAGGAGGACGAAAUUUACUUGGUCCGAUUACAGAAUUCUGUAAUGAAUUGAAGAGAUUAGCUAUGAGGACAAAGGAGAAAGAGAAAGAGAAAUCAGAGAAAGUUGAAUCCAUUGAAAGUCCUUUGCUUGAUCAAGAAAUUGAAAGAAAGAGAAAACCUUUACUUGAGAAGAAAUGCAGAUCAAUGGAGAAUGAAGAGAAUAACAUCAUUAUUGAAGAGAAACCCAGAAGAAAGAAGUAAGAACAUUCAUGAUUUCAUCUAUAUAUCUCAUUCUCAUUAACAAAUUCAUGUUUACAUUAUACAGGAAAGAUAAUUAUGAUGAUGAUGGUGAAAACAUAGCUCCAAAAGUUCAGAUUCAAACAUGUGCUCCAAAGCCACAGUGUUUCUCAGCUACCCGACAGCCAUUGUUGAAAAGCUCAACUCUUAAACCUUCCAAACCAAGAACAAUGGUGGGUAUAUUUGAUUUUGGAUAAUAGAUAUUGGGGAUUUUUCAAAAAAUCUUAAUCAUUUGUCGAAUUUGAGAUUCAGGGGCGAGGAAUUUUUCAAGAACUGGAACAGAGUGACGUUGACCGUGAAAGAAUGGCGCCGUCGCCGGCGCCGGCGGAAAAGGAAGAACCAAGAUUGGACGUGUUUUGGUUCUUGAAGCCCUGCACAUAUGCUAACUGAGGA